AUGCCUCGUCCGAAGUCCUUCCGCAGAGCCCAGGAGGACCCGCAGCGUAUCGUGAUGGUGGGUCGGCAGGGGGCUCCCAGUGCCAGCGUUGCACGCCGUGGUACUGGAAUUCGCCACAGGGUGGAGCAAUGGCCGGCUUCUCUGCUGACUGGCCGUCAGCACAAGUUGGUCAUUCCGGAUGAUGCCCCCGGCAAGAAGUUGGUUCUUCUUGUCGGUGACUCGCAUCUGCGAAGCUUCGCAGAUCGACACGUGAAGUUGCCAGAGGGGUGCUUGUCCUUCGCUGUCAUGUCGACGCCGGGGGCCUGUGCAGCUCAGUUGAGGACCGAGGUGCUGAACGCUACAGUGCCUCGGACCCCUGACUUGGUCUGUCUCAUGGCUCCUAGCAACAACCUGACAGCGAGCCGGACAGUGGACGAGGGCCGGGCCGACUUCGCCAAGCUCCUGUGCGCGGUUUGCACACGCUGGCCUAAGGUGAUCGUCAUGGACUUCGUGCCGCGCUUGGUGGUGGAUGAGGAGCUCCAGGCUCACUUCCGGAACGCCUUCAGCCACGUUGCUGCAAGCAUGAAUGUCCCGUACAUCCAUCUUGCAGACAACUUCCCCACGAAGCGUCUACAGCUGUGGUGCAGGGACGGCGUCCACUUGAGUGACGAGUACGGGAUGCCUGUACUUGCUGACUUGCUGUGGAAUGCCGCCUACACCCAGCUGGCGACGCCGCCACCGGAGCCCCAGGUGCCUCGCAGGACGUCUCCCAGGUCGGCCGUUCCGAGACGCCUUCCACGUGUGGUCGUCAAGGGGAAGAUUGUCGCUCCGCGCCAGCCAGGCCCCGACGGCUGGUGGCUUGUGGAGGGCCGUUGGAAGAGGAAGCGUCCCAGGGAGGAGGAGUCGAGUGACGCGGGCCAACGUGGGAUGCCCACUCUGCGGGAGUGUUUCAUCCCACUGAACCCGGUGCGAUUCAGCAGCGUCGUUCUGCAUGCUUUGGAGAGGGCGGCUCCGUCUGAUCUGUCCAGGCCUGUGCGCACUGCGCCACCUGGCAAGAAGAAACCCCGCAUGGACUGUCAGCCCAAGGCAGUCACUUCCAAGCGGAGACUGGCUCGACAGCAGGUGAAGGCUGUUGUGGAGACUGCUCCUGUGGAAGUGGUGGUGACGCAGAGGGAUGCUCCUGCUGCCACAGAGUCAUCGCCCCCCAGCCUCGCGGACCUGGUCGUGACGCAGAGGGAGGCUCCUGCUGCCUGGGUCACAGAGUCAUCGCCCCCCAGCCUCGCGGACCUGGUCGUGACGCAGCGGGAGGCUCCUGCUGCCUGGGUCACAGAGUCAUCGCCCCCCAGCCUCGCGGACCUGGUCGUGACGCAGAGGGAGGCUCCUGCUGCCUGGGUCACAGAGUCAUCGCCCCCCAGCCCUGUGGACUUUGUCCUGAUCCAGGAAGACUUCCCGCCGUUGUGCUCGCCGACAGACGUCAAAGGUAGGACAGACAUUGACUCUCCUUGUUCAGGUUCAGUGAGUUCGCACACUGAUGUUACUGCUGACCACGAGGACUGUACAUCUGCUGAGGUUAAAUGGAUUAGGGGGAGCUUCCAUCAGGGCGAUCAAAGAUUUAAAUACCCAGGGGUUCAGUGUAUGCCCAUAGCUUUAGCAAGCUUGGCUGAACACACAGUCCGUAGUGUUUUCUCGUGGCGGCGUCGCGAUUUGGACCAUGUUCUCCAUCUAGGCAAUGACUUGUACGCAUUCUUGCGUGAGAACAAGAGGAUCGGUGGUAGUUCCCAGAUCUUGUCUGUUCCUGAAUUGCCAGGACAACAUGUUUUUGACGGCCAGCAGUUUACCUUUGAUUAUGGUAGUGACUAUGUAAGUGGUGUGGUCAAUGUAGUUGAUGGGGAACUUGUUGAACCUGGUUUUCCCACCUCACUCCUACAUGGAUUGGAGAGGAUGCUUGGGAAUUAUAGCACGUGUUUACUGACCAUGGCUGGUACUACAUGCGCGGUUAUAAGUCAGAAUGGUAGAUAUGCUGUUGUUGAUUCACACGCACGCAGCGCUGCUGGAUUGGUAAGUCCUUAUGGUCGAAGUAUAGCUGCAUAUUUUAGUUGUGUUAGAGACCUGCAUGAGUACAUAUGCAAUUUGGCUGCAUCACUCGAUACAUAUCACACAUGUUUUGAGAUAGCUGGUGUGUGUGUCUCUCACAUAGUGUUUGCUGAUUCUCCUGCUGGUGAUGCAGAUGUUGUGGUUGUGCGUGAUGAUGCUCCUGCAGAUGUUGUGGUUGUUAGUGGUGAUGCUACUGCAGCUGAUGCAGAUGUUGUACUGCUUAGUGGGGAUGCUACUGCUGCUGAUUCAGAUGCUGUGGUUGUUAGUGGUGAAUCUCCGGUUGUUAGUGGUAAUGCUCCUGCUGAUGAUGCAGAUGUUGUCUUUGUCAGUGAUGAAACGUGUAAACAGCUGCAGUUUGAGCCUCUCAGUAAGGAGGUUGCCCAGUCGGUCUGUAAACGGUUGAAUGUAGAGUGUGAGAAGCUCGAUGAGGUAGUGUCUGUAGGAGUUGGUUUGUUAGGGUCUCCUUGUAAGAAGGACAACAUAGUGGCUGAUGGGAACUGUUUCUUUAGGGCAGUGUCUCUAGCUGUGAGUGGAACACAGAAGAGUCAUAGGAAGCUUAGACUCGCUGUUGUUAAGCAUCUAGAGAAAAAUGCAUCACAAUACAAUAGCAUUUUGAGAAGUGAGUAUUCUUCAGUGGCAGAUUAUGUUAGAGAGUCAAAGAUGCGCUAUGUUGGCAGCUGGGCAACAGAGGUGGAAAUUCAGGCAGCUGCAGAUUGUUUAGGAGUUGAUAUCUUGACAUUUUGUGAUGGUAGAUGGCUAGAAUAUAGCUGUAAGUUUCAUGGUUUGUCUAGACAGGGGAUUUAUUUGGAAAAUUGUAAUGGUAACCAUUAUGAAACGGUUGUUUGUGUUUAUGAGCCUCAACUGCAGAGGUGUUAUGGUUUGUGUAAUGUGAGUAGUUCAGAUUGUAAAGUUUAUGACAUGAGACGACGUGGUACUGUAGAGAGUUGUAUAGAUGCAAAGACACAUACAUAUUCAAAGCAAUUCACAAGUGAAUAUGAUUUACAAACAAAUGAUAACAAUAACCUUAAUGUUCCUUCAAGUGUAGUUGUCAAUUCAUUACCUACUGAAAUAGCUGGAGUCCAUGUCAUGGAAACUAAGACUAAUGUUAUAGGAACAGAUGCUAAGUGUAACAUGCCAGUAAUAACUACCCAAAUGAAUGAAGCUCACCCAAGUGUCAAUAUUACAUUUGAACCAGAGAUUGAAUUUGUUGGUGACAUAUCAUCUACACAACUCACAUUUGAUCCACUUAAUAAAGAAGUUUCACAAGCUUUAUGUAAAAAGAUGAAUGUGGACUUUGAGAAAAGUGAUGAACCAGAGUGUUUACUAGUUGGUAAAUUAGGUAAACCAUGUAAAAAUGACAAAAUAGAGGCUGAUGGGAAUAGUUUUUUUAGAGCGAUUUCUCUAGCUAUUAGUGGAACACAAAAGAAUCAUAGGAAAGUUAGACUUGCUGUGGUUAAGCACUUACAAACUCAUGCUAGUGUGUAUGAGAAUACUUUAAAAAGUGGAUAUUCUUGUGUAUCAAAUUACAUCAAGUUUUCUAAAAUGAACUAUCUUGGGAGUAGGGCAACAGAAAUAGAAAUUCAGGCAACUGCUGAUUAUUUAGGGCUCUCUGUAUUUACUUAUUGUGGUGAUAGAUGGAUAGAAUAUUGCUGUAAUGAUAAACUUUUGUCAAAGAAAGGAAUCUAUCUGAACCAUUGUAGUGGUAACCAUUAUGAAACUGUUACUUGUGUUCAUACACCACAGUUACAUAGCUGUUAUGGUUUUUGCCAAGUUAAGGUUUUUAAUGAUAGACGUUACAAUAUGAGACAGCAUGUUUUAAAAAGUCCUCUUGAGAGUCAACUAACUACUACAGGUGAUAGUGGAAAUACAAUCAGGUAUAGUCUUUCCAAGUACCUCAAAAACAAAAUGACUAACAAACAUUAUUUGCAUAAUGUGACAUAUAAAGAAAGGAAAAAUAAAUUGCGUGUUGCUAAAUAUCAUAAUGAUCCGUCACAAAGACUAAAAGAAAACAACUUAUUUACAAGGAGAUAUUGUCAUGAUGUGCUGUUCAAAGAGAAAAUAAAAAAGUACAGUGUACAUCAGUAUAAAGUAAAUGAAGAACAUAGAGAGUAUCUGAAGAACCUCAGUAAGUGCAAAUACAAACUCAAUGAACUGCAUAGAGAAAAACUCAAACAAUUUAAUGAAAAGAAGUAUAAACACAAUGAAAAACACAGACACAAUGUUAAGGAGUUAAGUACAACCAAAUACAAAGACAAUGAAAAACACAGACACAAUGUUAAGGAGUUAAGUAAAACCAAAUACAAAGACAAUGAAAAACACAGACACAAUGUUAAGGAGUUAAGUACAACCAAAUACAAAGACAAUGAAAAACACAGACACAAUGUUAAGGAGUUAAGUAAAACCAAAUACAAAGACAAUGAAAUACAUAGACACAAUGUUAAGGAGUUAAGUCAAAGCAAAUAUAAACACAAUGUUGUUCAUAAAACCAAAGUUAAGGAGUUCAGUAUAAAUAAGUAUAAGCAUAAUACAGUUCAUAGAGAUAAAGUAAAAGAUUUCAGUAUUAACAAAUAUAAACAGGAUGCAAUUCAUAGAGAACGUGUUAAAGCCAUUAGUGAAGCUAAAUAUCAUGGAAGUAAUGAAUAUAAAUUACAUGUCGCAUCUGCAAACAAGGUGAAGAGACUACACAAAAAAGAAAAACAGAAGGACUUUGAUUUUGUAAUGGAACAAUUUUUAGAUAAGGUUGAAGUUGGGCCAAAUUCUGUUUGUUGUGUUUGUCUUAGAUUAUUAUUUAAACACCAGGUUAUAAAUUGUAAAAAACAUAAUUAUAACAAAACUACGGUAUCAGGUUCAUUGGCUGAAAUGUGUAUAACAGAAGAAUAUUUGCAUAAAUGUAAUGAGGAUUGUACAAAUCCAUGUCAGUGGUUAAAUUCAGAAAGAGGGCAAUUAUGGAUAUGUCAUACUUGUAACUCUAAACUAAGUAAAGGUAUACUGCCUCCUGAGUGUUCAAUAAAUAGUUUAAGUGUUGAUCCCAUUCCACCAGAAUUAGCAUGUUUGAAUAGCCUAGAGCAACAUUUGAUUGCAUUACAUAUUCCAUUUAUGAAAAUGUUGGCUUUACCUAAAGGUGGGCAAAAUGGAGUACAUGGACCAGUGACAUGUGUUCCUGCAAACAUUGUACAAACAACAAACUUAUUGCCACGUUCUAAUAUGGACAGUCAACUGUUGCUUGUUAAGUUAAAGCGUAAAUUGACUUAUAAAGGGCAUUAUGAGUAUCAGUAUGUUGACACAACACGCAUUAGGAAGGCUAUUCAGUAUUUAAAACAACAUAAUGUGUAUUAUGCAGAUGUUGAAUUUAAUGAGGACUGGCUUAAUGAUUUUUGUAAAGAGCAAAAUGAAAAACAUGUUGAAACACAGUGUGAUAACAAUGUAGAAACAAAUGAAGUGCCUACAGAUGUAGUUGAAGAAGAGCUUCUACAUGAUCGACAGAAACAUUGUAUGUAUCAAGACACAUGCCUUAUGCCUGUUGAUAUUGGUCAAGAAACACUCGAUCAGUAUUUUCAGGAUAUAUUGAAUAUUGCACCAGCAGAAGGUAACAAUCCAGUGAAAUUGCUGUCUGAUCAAGCAAAUGAAGCCAAAUGUUUUCCUGUGUUGUUUCCACAAGGUAAUAGUACAUUUCAUGAGGAAAGGGCUAAUCAUUUGACAUUAUCACGUUAUUUAAACAACAGGAUUUUACAUGUUGAUGGUAGAUUUGCACAAGAUGUAAAUUAUAUCUUUUAUGGCCAGUACAUGUCUGAGGUGCAGCAGGUUGUGUCAAAAGUGUCUAUAGCUUUACGAAAAGGGAGAAGUAGUGGUUCUGAUAAGGUUAAAGAAAGUAAUAUAAGACAUUUCCAAAAUAAUGAAGAGAAAUUGAAGAAAUGGUUGGAAUUUGAUGAUGGCUAUCGUUUCCUAAAACCAAUUCGUGGCACUCCAGCUUUUUGGCAAGAAGCUCAACGUGAUUUGCUCGCUUGUGUCCGUCAAUUAGGACUACCUACUUGGUUCUGUUCCUUUUCUUCUGCUGAUUUGCGUUGGCAAAAUUUACUAAAUACCAUUUUGAAGCAGGAGGGUCGAGCACAAACAGCGGCAGAUUUAGAAUGGGCAGACAGGUGUGAGUUAUUGCGUCGCAAUCCUGUCACUGCAGCAAGAAUGUUCGAUUAUCGUUGGCAUGUUUUCUUGAAGGAGGUUCUUAUGUCACCGUCACAUCCAAUUGGUAAAAUUAAAGACUACUUUUAUCGUGUAGAAUUUCAGCAGCGUGGUUCACCACAUGUACAUUGUUUGUUUUGGAUUGAGAAUGCGCCAAUAAUUGAUAAAAACACUGAUGACGAGGUUGUAGCAUUUAUUGAUAAAUAUGUGACCUGUGAGUUACCACCACAAAACGACCCAUUAUUGGACACUGUUUCAUCUGUGCAACAACAUUCAAAGACACAUUCAAAAAGUUGUAAAAAGAAAAACACUACAUGUAGAUUCCACUUCCCAAGGAUACCAUCUGCUAGAACAUUUAUUUCACGCAGUCCAGCCGAGGAAGACCUUACAUUUAAAUGUAAAUGCCAAGAUGAUGCACCAUGUACAUGUGGUAAACGAGGCAAACACAAAGAGGAAAGAAUGAAAAAAGACUAUGCAGAAAAGAUUCUGGCCAUCAUCAAAAAAGAAGUAUCCGAACAGAUUAAUUCUAAUGUUACAAUUGAGGCUUUGCUUCAAAGUAAAGGGAUCAACCAAGGUGUUUUAGAGGCUGCAUAUAAUCGUAUAGCCAAAAAAACCAGCAUUGUGUUAAAAAGGCAGGUUACUGAAGUCUGGAUAAAUCAAUACAGCAAACCACUAUUAAAAUGUUGGAAUGCAAAUUUAGAUGUCCAAUUUGUAGUUGAUGCAUACGCAUGCAUUGUUUAUAUCAUUUCCUACAUUUCUAAAUCAGAACGAGAAAUAGGUUUAUUGUUAGGCAACGCACAUAGGGAAGCAUCAAAAGAUGGAAAUAUCAGUGCAAAAGAAGCAUUGAAAACUUUAGGCAGUGUGUAUUUACACAAUCGAGAUGUGUGUGCUCAGGAAGCAGUGUACCGGCUCACUAAUAUGCAUUUAAAAGAAUGUUCAAGAAAAGUAGUCUUUGUGCCUACAGGAGAGAAUAUUGUUAAAAUAAGUUUGCCAUUAAGUGUAUUGCAGAAAAUAUCAAAGUCUCCUGAGACUAAUACUCAUAACAUCUGGAUGAAAGGUUUAGUUGAUAGGUACCUAAAUAGGCCCAAUGACAGUACUUUCAAUAAUAUGUGCAUUGCCACAUUUGCAUCAGAAUAUCGCAUUCUCAGUAAAAAUGAACAUUGCAAAAAUCGAAUACAAUUACAGAACGAUUGUGGUUUUGUUGCCAAACGAAGUAAAACUGAACCUGCAGUCAUUCGCUAUGCACGCUUUUCAGAAACAAAAGCAACAGAGUUAUUCUAUCAUAGUAUUCUGCAGUUGUUUUUGCCAUAUCGCUGUGAAGAGCAAUUGAAGCCUACAAAAUAUGACACAUAUGAAGACUUCUAUAAACAUGCUCAUGUUGGAUUAGGUGAGGACACAUUACAUUCAGUCAAGGAAUUGGUAGAUGGAAAUAGGAAACAAUUUGAGGUGAAUGCUGAUGAAUUGGAUGACAUACAGGAUAGGAUUGAUUUGGAAGGAAUUGCAGAAGAUGCCUGGGGUGCAUUGUGUCCAGAACAGGAAGUGGAACGUUUGGAAUCUUUGAUGGAAAUGCAAGAAACAGAACAAUUUGAUGAAGGUGUUAAAGAAAACAUUCCAGAUUUAGCAACAAGUAGGAAACAAGAAUCACAUUUGGAAAAAAGGAAUAAUAUUAUGAGUAGAUCUGAUGGAUUGGCUCUAAUUAGAUCUUUGAAUGAAACACAACGUUCAGUUUUCUACCAGAUUAGACAGUGGUGUUUGGACAAAGUAACAGGGAGAAAGCCUGAGCCAUUUCAUCUGUUUGUUACAGGUGGUGCAGGGACAGGAAAGAGCCAUUUAAUCAAAGCCAUUCAAUACGAAGCAAUGAGAUUGUUGUCACCAAUCUGUUCUCAACCAGACAAUAUUUCUGUUUUAUUAACUGCUCCAACAGGAAUAGCUGCAUUCCACAUUGAUGCAACUACCAUUCAUAACACAUUUAGUAUUGGCCUAGAUGUACGCCUACCAUACACACCCUUAGGUGAGGAAAAAGUUAACUCAUUGCGUGCAAAAUAUAGAGAUUUACAAAUAUUAAUCAUUGAUGAAAUAUCAAUGGUUGAUAACAGAAUGUUGACAUAUGUCCAUGGGAGGUUACGGCAGUGCAAACAAACUGGUGAUUUCUCUCCAUUUGGAAAUGUUUGUGUUAUUGCAGUAGGAGAUUUCUUCCAGUUACCUCCAGUAAGAGGAAAGCCUUUGUAUGAAGAUGCUGUUGGAGCAAACCUGUGGUCUACUUUGUUUAACGUUGUUGAACUGACAGAAAUUGUUAGACAAAAAGAUAAUGUGUUUGCUGCAUUGUUAAAUAGAAUAAGAACUCGCUCAAAGGAUUCUGCCAUGUUAACUUCAGACAUAGAAAUAUUGCAGAAUUGUGAGACAGGUGAAGAGACCACAGCUUUACAUAUUUUCCCAACAAACAGACAAGUUAAUGAACAUAAUGAUGUGCAGCUGAUAAAAGCAUGUCCUGAAUAUGACGAAGUACAUGCUCAGGACUUUGUCAAUAACAAAUUGACAGGCAAACUGGAGUUGAGAAGUGGUCACCAUACACGAACACACAACACAUGUUUACCUGAAGUUUUAUUAUUGGGUAAGGGUGCACGUGUAAUGUUAUGUAAAAAUGUGGAUGUUAUGGAUGGUCUUGUGAAUGGUGCUUGUGGCACAGUAACUGACAUCAUUUUUCCUGAGAGAAAUACUUUUCCUAAGAAAGUCUACGUUAGAUUUGACGACGAUAAAGUUGGAGCAAAGCAAAAGAACCAAUGCUUAAACAAUACACAUGUAGCAAUGGGAUCUAUUGGAAUUGAUGCAGUAGACGAGAAAGUUACAAACAAAGGUGGUGUACGUAGACAAUUUCCUCUAAAACUUGCAUGGGCUUGCACAGUACAUAAAGUUCAAGGUAUCACUGUAGAUAAAGCUGUUGUGUCUUUAGAUAAAGUCUUUGCUGCAGGACAGGCAUAUGUGGCUUUAAGUCGUGUUAGAAGUCUGUCUGGAUUGGUCAUUCAGGACAUGAAUCAAAAGGCCAUUUAUUGUAAGGAUAAUAUCAAGCAUGCAAUACAAAGUAUGCCAUCUUAUCUCAAAGAAGAUAACAUUAGGCAUGAAUUAAACACAAGUACUUUUAAUGUAUGUUUAAUAAAUGUGCAAAGUUUACGAAAACACAUAUCUGAUUUGGUAUCAUGUAUACAGCAUUUGAAGCUUAACUCCAUUGCUGUUACAGAAACAUGGCUACCUGCUGCAACAGAUUUAAGAACAUUUGACAUCAAUGGUUUUGCUUUACAUAGUCAUCCACGAAGUGCAUCAUACAAUAGCUGUAUUCCCGCAAUGGUGUCAUUACAACAACAACAACAUGGUGGUGUUGGCUUGUACGUGGCAGAUAAUAUGCCUUAUGACAUCCUCCAAAUACCACCAUUUGAUCUAGAAUGUUUAGUUUGUAAUUAUGUUGAACUCAACAUAUUAUUAGCAGUCCUUUAUCGACCACCAUCAUAUCCCAUGAGCAUGUUUAAAGAAAAUUUGUGUAAGUUAUUACAGUGGCUAAAUACAAAAUGUAACACCAUUGCAAUCAUGGGAGAUUAUAAUGAGGACAUAUUGAAAUUAUCAUCCAUCUGCAAAUUACUACAUGAAAAAGGAUAUAAUCAAUAUGUCACACAACCAACAACAGAAAAAGCUCUACUUUGUCAGAUCGUCUGCAAAGCCCACACUCUGAACCUGUUUGCUCGCAAUUAUAUCUGAUUCCUGCUUUGUGACCCCGGACCUGCCUGUAUCCUGACGACUCUUCUGCCCCGGAAAACUAGACCUGCCUUCUGCCUUCUCGACUCCUAACUACUCUUCUACCCCGGUAAUUCUGACCAGCCUUCUACCUUUGCACUACGAUUUUGGAUUCUCCUUGAACUGUACUUCUGCCUUCUUUCAUCGUGCUGUUGUGUUUGUGUUCCCCCCCACCAGGACUCUGGUCCUCUGGUCGUCUGUCUGACCCGUGACAAGAACUUGGGGUUUCUUUUGAUUUACGCUUAUUUAUUUACAAUAGUGCAAAUUGCAUGUUAUGCUGUCAUUGCAAUUGUAACUAUGAAAUGUUUGUAUGUAAAACACAUUGACUUGUAAGUAAUUGUUUUUUAAUUUUGUAUAUAUAUUUUGUUCUGUAUAUUGGUUUAAUUUAUUAUCAGUAUUGUUUUAAUUGAUAUGUUUCAAUGUGUGUCCUUCACACAUCAACCUCUUGUGACAUUAAAGAUACAAUAUUUUGCACAUUUGACGUGUGACUAGUAUAUACCUAUAUUACGGAUGUUACAUUUACAUCUAACAGUACGAUUGUGUUAAAGACAAAACUACCAUACGUAUCCAGAUAAUUGUUACAUUAAUUGUAUUGUAUUCCAUGACAGUUUAAUUGUAUUUGUAUAUCUUAAUAUAUUUGUGUACUGUAUUUGGGUUGCAAUCAUUAUUCGGGUUUCUUUUGAUUUAGGCUUAUUUAUUUACAAUAGUGCAAAUUGCAUGUUAUGCUGUCAUUGCAAUUGUAACGAUGAAAUUGUAACUAUGAAAUGUUUGUAUGUAAAGCACAUUGACUUGUAACUGACAAUAAAAAGUGCU